AUGGCCCUCUGCGUGGGGCCACAGAGUCUGACGCGGCUGACGGCAUCUUGGUGCUUCCGGCUGGUCUCUGAGGGCCUGGCCUUUGGGGGAUCCCUCCUGACUCAGCGCCCGGUGGCAGCCUCGCUCUUCCCGUCUGGCUUCCGCCAGGGCAGGUUCAGCUUUCUGCCACCUUCACCCACCACUCCCUUCAUUCUCGCAGAUGAGCCCACCAGCCCCAGCAUUGACCUACAAGCCAAGCACGUCCCCGCCUCUGCUGUGGUCUCCAGUGCCAUGAACUCGGCUCCCGUCCUGGGCACCAGCCCAUCCUCCCCCACCUUCACCUUUGCCCUCGGCCGCCAUUACUCCAAGGACUGCAGCAGCAUCAAGGCCGGCCGCCGCUCCUCCUACCUGCUGGCCAUCACCACGGAGCGCUCCAAGUCCUGCGAUGACGGGCUCAACUUCCGGGACGAGGGCAAGGCUCUUCGGCGCCUGCCAAACCGAGUCCCCAGCUUGCGGAUGCUCCGAAGCUUCUUUACUGACGGGUCCUUGGACAGCUGGGGCACUUCCGAAGAGGCUGACGCUCCUUCUAAGCGACAUUCAACCUCUGACCUCUCGGACACAACCCUCAGCGAUAUCAGGAGAGAAGGCUGGUUGUAUUAUAAGCAGGUCCUCACCAACAAGGGGAAGAAAGCGGGCGGCGGCCUGCGCCAGUGGAAGCGGGUGUAUGCCGCGCUGCGGGCGCGCUCCCUCUCGCUGAGCAAGGAGCGGCGGGAGCCCGGGCCGGCAGCAGCGGCGGGGGCGGCGGCCGUCGCAGGUGAGGACGAGGCGGCGCCCGUCUGCAUCGGCUCCUGCUUGGUGGACAUCUCCUACAGCGAGACCAAGAGGAGGCACGUGUUCCGGCUGACCACCGCUGACUUCUGUGAAUAUCUCUUUCAGGCUGAGGACCGGGAUGACAUGCUGGGCUGGAUCAGAGCGAUCCGAGAGAACAGCAGGGCCGAGGGCGAGGACCCCGGCUGUGCCAACCAAGCUCUGAUCAGCAAGAAGCUUAAUGAUUACCGAAAAGUGAGCCAUAGCUCUGGGCCCAAAGCUGAUUCCUCCCCAAAAGGCUCUCGGGGCCUGGGGGGCCUCAAGUCUGAGUUCCUCAAACAGAGUGCAGCGCGUGGCGUCAGGACUCAGGACCAGCCUGCAGGGAGUAAGGAUGACAGUGUUGCUGCCCCCAAAAGCCCCUGGGGCAUUAACAUCAUCAAGAAGAAUAAGAAGGCAGCCCCCAGGGCAUUCGGGAUCCGGCUGGAGGAGUGCCAGCCAGCCACGGAGAACCAGCACGUCCCCCUGAUCGUGGCUGCAUGCUGUCGCAUCGUGGAGGCACGAGGGCUGGAGUCCACGGGCAUUUACCGAGUGCCCGGCAACAACGCAGUGGUGUCCAGCCUGCAGGAGCAGCUCAACCGCGGGCCCAGUGACAUCAACCUGCAAGAUGAGCGCUGGCAAGACCUCAACGUGAUCAGCAGCCUGCUCAAGUCCUUCUUCCGAAAGCUACCUGAGCCUCUUUUCACUGAUGACAAAUACAACGACUUCAUCGAAGCCAAUCGCAUUGAAGACUCGAGGGAGCGAUUGAAAACGCUGCGGAAACUGAUCAGGGACCUCCCAGGACACUACUAUGAGACACUGAAAUUCCUCGUGGGCCAUCUGAAGACCAUCGCUGACCACUCGGAGAAAAACAAGAUGGAGCCCCGGAACCUGGCCCUGGUCUUCGGGCCGACGCUGGUGAGGACGUCGGAGGACAACAUGGCCGACAUGGUGACGCACAUGCCUGACCGAUACAAGAUCGUGGAGACGCUGAUCCAGCAUUCAGACUGGUUCUUCAGUGAUGACGAGGACAAGGGAGAGAGAACCCCUGUGGAUGACAAGGAGCCUCAGUCAGUGCCCAACAUCGAGUAUCUCCUGCCCAACAUUGGCAGGACAGUGCCCCCUGGCGACCCAGGUCCGGAUCCCACCACCUGCAGUUCAGCCAAGUCCAAGUUGGCAUGAGAGGGUAAUUUGGUCAGAUGGUCCUCCUGGCCUCUCAAGUUUCUGAGAAAAUGGCCAAGACAGAACGCGGCACUGGCCACCAGGUGCCUCAGACCGAUCAUCGCAGUGCUGCCAUGUCGCAGAACCCCAGGGGUGCCUUCUGGAGUCGUGCAGUGUGGGCAGCCAUGGCCCAGGACCAUGUGCCCGUGAGUCCCGAAUCCCUGACAUGCUCCGGCUUCCUUAGAACUAGCUGAUGUGAGAGAGAAUGCAUAGGACGCAGUGGCCACGCCGCCAUCUCUGUCUCCACUCAUUGUUACACUGUGGCCUGUGAGGAGGUGAACAAGGGCAUGUCACUGCAGCCAGCAGGCGGAUCACUCCCAGCAUCUGCUUCUGCAGGGCUUCCUAUGUUGAGGGAACUCCACUCACCCAUUUGCUCAUUCACUUAACAUUUAUUAUUUGUUGAGCACCUACUAUGGGCCAGGCGUCAUGGAUGCAAGCACAAACAAGCCAGAGACCUAGCCUGCUCUCAGAGAACUCAGAGUUUGGUAUAGAUGAUGUGGAAACAAAGCUAUUCUGAUGUGAAAAGAGCCCGUAUAGAUGUAUCUUCAAAGGGCUAUGGCAGGGAUGGGGAACGGCCCACCCAUGGGCUGUAUAAGGCCCCCAAAAUCAUUUGGUCUGG